AUGAUUUUCUCACAGCCAUUGGCGAGUGCGGCCGCUCUGCUAGCCGUGCAGAGCGCCUCUGGUGCCGCCGCGAUAGCAGUUGACAAGGUUAGGAGGAACGAGUCGACCAUCGUCAAGUACACGCUGCCACAGGACUCGAGUGACCCAGCCGUGCGAGCAACAGAGCUCGACACCACGCGAGCUGGAUGGUCCUACGGGCCGCCCGUGGCUGGCGGGCCGUACUAUCCCUCUGGAGAGCUCGGGGUCGCAGCAGGCGCGGCAGACCUGGCGUCCCUCCAGGCCGACCUUGCAGCAGAGCAAGCCCUUGUGACGGAAGACGCCGCAGCGGCCGCUGCUGGAGAAGCAGCGGGAAAGUACAACAACUUGACGACUGUGAAAGACUAUGAGCUGUUGUACGAUGGCGAGUGGUUGAACGCACUGCCAAAGGGCCCCGUCCCGGGCGUUCUCACAAACUACACCCAGGAGCUGCUCUUUUCGAUGGAGCGGUUGUCGACCAGCCCCUAUGCUAUCAGGAGGCUCAUCCCUGGGCGCGACGGGAUGCCCUUCUGGGUAGACGACUCGGUGACGCUCAAAGUCGCAGGCGCGCCCCUUUGGGCUCUGUUGCUAGAAGGUCGUCUCUUCUAUGCGGAUCACUCGAACCAGGCAAACCUUCCUCGGACCGACCGGUACGCCCCGGCCUGCGACGCCCUGUUUUUCAUCGACAAAACCUCAGGGAAUUUCCUCCCGUUGGCCAUCCGGACCGGCGUUGGGCAGAGUACCAUCUACACGCCCGAGGAUAGCGACGAAGACUGGCUCCUAGCAAAGAUCAUGUACAACGUCAACGACUUUUGGUUUGCUCAAUGGAACCAUCUUGCUGCCACCCAUCAGGUCCUGCAGAUCACCUGGCUUGCUGCCAUCAGGGCGUUGAGCGUGGAGCAUCCCAUCCACGCUUUGCUUGAUCGCCUAACCUUUCAGUCUUUUGCUGUACAGCCGCUUGCAUUGAGCGUCUUGUUCGAGUCUGGCGGUGCGGUGGACAGGGUUUUCGGCUUUACAGGCACCGCGGCGCAGGACUAUGCCACUCUGCUAUACAACAGUGGCAGUGGUGACUUCCAGAGUAACUACUUCAUUAAGGAUCUGGAGACAAGGGGUCUCCUCAACUCCAAGUUCGGCCCUGCGUUGAACCACUUCCCGUUUUACGAGGACGCCUCCGUAAUUUAUACGGCAACCAGGACAUUCAUGAAGUCCUUCGUGGACUCAUAUUACAAGUCCGACUCGGAUGUCAAAGCCGACACUGAGCUCCAGGCGUGGGCGAAAGAGGCCAACGGGCCGGCUGAGGCACACGACUUCCCCUCGACCAUCGCGACCAAGGACACCGUCGUCGACGUCCUCACGCACGUGGCUCACCUCGCCUCGACGGCCCACCACGCCGUCAACACCAACCAGCUGCUGUCCGUGUCGUCGACGCUGCCCUUCCACCCGCCGGCACUCUACUCGCCGGUGCCGAACACCAAGGGCGGCGACACGGACGUGGUGGCGUUCUUGCCGUCGUUCGAGCAGGUCGUCACGCAGCUCAGCUUCGCGGGGCUAUUCGCGCGGCCGUUGCUGGUGAACACGAACCGCAGCCUCACUCACAUGUUCGAUGACGCCGACAUGCUCGCCAAGAUGAACCCACAGACGACGGCGGCCGCCGCUACGUUCAAGAGCGCCAUGGAGGCGUUCAGCGACCGCGUCAGCGCGCGGGGGUUCGACGCCCAGGGGCUCAGCCAGGGCAUGCCGUUUGUGUGGCAGGGUCUUGAUCCCAGGGUGGUGCCGUACUCGGUGACCAUCUGA